UCUGCCAUCUAAUCUCAAAAUUUAAUAAUAAAAAAAUUAAAAUCACAAAAGUGUGUUAAAGGUACUGGUUAGACUUGAAUUGAGUGCGAAAUAAGGGCGACCGCUAAUAAUUCCAUAAAGAGACUUCCCAGUUAUAAAAAUUCUAAAAUCACAUUAAAUAUUUGUGGCCUUUCCGUUAACAUUUAACCGCUAUGUGUGCUCUGCUGGCCAUGCAAAGUAGGCGCAUGCGCUUCACCCCCAAAAUGUUGAGUCUCUGCGAUACAGCAGUCAACAUGUGCCAUAAAUAUUAACCGCUUUUCCCUGCUGGCCGUGCGUGUGGGUGCAUUCCGCUCUCCGCAGCACCGCUCUGCGUUCGUUCUCCCGCUUCCGUUCGGCACCUCCAGCGCUCAGUACGGCACCAGGCUUCGACGGAAGUGGAACAAACCAAGCGGAAACAGACUCACGCGACAACAAAACCGAACCGUACCGAACAGAGCUCGAAUAUGGAAAACUUUUGCCCAGUACCGAUAUAGCACUGAUAAACGCAACUCGAAGUGAACUUUAUGAAUGGCCAUGACUAAUUACAGUCAAGCAGCAGCAGCCACAGUCGAUGUGUAAACUUGAGUGGUGGAGGUUACCCGCUUUUGCAGCGAAAGAUUGCCGUGUGUUUCGGUAUCUGUAUCUGUAUCUGUCGGUGUCUCAUUUGAGCGGCUCGAAUGAUCCGCCUGUAAUUAUGACUGCGUGAAGAAAUCAAUAAGUGGAGGAUGGCCAGCAAGCCCAUGAGCACCAGCUGCCAAAGCAUUGCGACGGCGGCCAGCAGUGCGGCUACCACGGCAGCAGCGGUAUCCAUCUCGGCCUCCAAUGCCACCUCCGUGGGCUCCCUCAUGGCCGCCGCCUGCCAGCAGGAGCAGCAGCAGCAGCAGCAUCCCAAGCAGCACUAUGCCCAGUCGCAGCAGCAGCAGCAACACCUCUAUCAUCAGAGCCAUCAGCAAGGGUCGCACUAUGUCAAUGGCACCGGCAGCUUGGGCAGGCUUAAGUUUCACAAGAGUCUCGAUGCCAGCGACGAGGAAAUCGAGUAUGCGCAGCUAUCACGUUCAACCCAUAUCCUGGGGCGUCAUAAGUCAGAGCGAUAUCUGGCCUCCAAUCUGGACGAGGAUCGAAGACGCCGCACCAUUAUCGUUGAGAAAAAGAACAACUCGUAUGGGUUCACGCUGCAGAGCUAUGGGAUUCACUACAAACGGGAUGAGGAGCUGGAAAUGAUCACGUACGUUGACUACGUGGAGUAUGGUGGUCCGGCCUAUCGAGCUGGCAUGCGUGAGGGCGACGUAAUCCUCUCCAUCAACGGAAAGGAUAUGGAGAAGGCGGACCACAAGACCAUCGUCGAAUUCAUUAAGCAAUGUGACACCAGGAUGCGGAUGGUAGUUCUAUUCGAGGACUGUGUGAGGAAGGUGGAUCUCCACAUGCGCUACAUCCAGCUGCAGAGCAUGUUGCAGCAGAAGAUGAACGAGCUGGAGAGGGUGCACCUGAGGGAGCGUGAGUUAUUGGAGGGCAAGUGGAAGACGCACAGUUUGCCGGCGCGUAAGAAGGCCAAUGCGAACACAUCGCCCAGCGAUGGGGAAGGAGUAUCACCCACAGAGGUGGGUGGUGAAGCAGGCUUCUACCGACCCGCCCUGUCCACCGAGGAUGUGCCUAACAUUGCGACCCGCCAGCAUGGGGUGGGUGGUCCUGGCAUCAUACCUCCUCCCGCUCAAUUUAUGCUCACCUACCACUACCUGGAUCCCACAUACCGCUACGUCCUGCGACCCACGCACGGCAGCUCAGAGGAAUUUGUAGACGGAUUGGGUCUUCAGCGGAGCAGCAGUGAUCACCAGCCACCGGCACAGCGCUAUAUCCUCCAGCGAACCGAGUCCGUGGAUGCCAAUUCGAUGACCCAACCCACAACAACGGCUCCUACCCAAUAUCACAGCACCACCGGUGGAUCGGUGAAGCCACCCGCACCACCUCCUCGCACCUGUGAAAAGCAUAAGCCACCGGCUAAACCACCAAAGACCGAGAAAGAGAAGUCCUCGGGCAAGCAUUGUCAUGUGGGACACUCGUGCAAUCCCUGCUUGGGUCACUUUCGCUGGAAGUCGGCGGAGAAGUCAGCAGCUGCGGCGCCGGAUAACGUGAGCUUGGAUGCCUAUGACCUGGCCAGUCCCUGCUGCGAUACGCAUUGUGUGCCCACGAGAAGACGCCAUCGCCAGCACAAGGAGCACACGCAUAAGCACAAGCAUCGGGACAGGGAACGGGUGGAGAGCAAGGAGCAGAGAGUCAGACCCAAGUCCACAUCCCAUGCCUCACCCAAUGGGAACGGGGCUGCAGCAUCUGGACAUCACCACCAUCACCAUCAUCACCAUCAUAGCCAUGAGCAGCAGCAGCAGCAGCAACAUCAGCAGCAGCAGCAGCAAUCACUACAGCAACAGCCCAUGCAGGCUGUUCCGCACCACCAUCACUAUGCCCACCAGAUGCACAAUCCCUGCCAGGUGCAAUCCCAAACGGGCAGCACCCGAUCUCGCUACUUCGACUUGGCCUCCGGCCUAGCCAGCCACUGCAGUUUGCACUCCUGCACCUCGAGUGAGUUUGCCACCGGAGAUACUGCUUCAUACACCACAUCCAUAAGCACGGAUACUUUGUUUUGGGAUCCCAAAAGCGAGACGGGUCAGUCGCGACAGCACUCCACAAAAUCCAGGCAGUCCUACGAGCAGCAGCCGCAACAGCAGCAGCCAACGAACCAGGGACACCAUCACCAUCAUCAUCAUCACCAGGGGGACUACCACCAACGAUAUCAUGUGACCACUACUCAAAUGCAACCGCAGCAGAUCUAUCCCAAUACUAUAGCCUAUGUUCAGAAACCCAAAUCCUGGGACAAUCUCGCCAACAAGGCGGGCUUUAAUGUGGGCUACGGUUACCUGGACACAGUGGCAGUGAAACCAGCCAUAAAAAUGCAGAUUGCCCAGCAGCGUCACUCGAUGCCGCGUAGAAACCCGUAUGGCAGAUACUCUACUUAUGGCGAUGUGGAAAACUAUGCCCCACCGCCCACCGAGUUUGUGGGCGAGCUGACCACCACCACCACGACUACAAUUACGGCCAAGUCCACGGAGGAGCUGUUGGCCGCCUGCGAUUGCUUGACGCCCCAGCAACAGGCUGCUAUUAAGGCGGCCCAGUACCAACUCAGUCAGAAUCAGAAGCUGUCCCACCAGAACUCCUGCCAGCUGGGAUACUACUCGCAUCUGCCGCGACCCACCACUGAUGUCGGCACCUCCACCACCAGUCAGCAGGUGCACGGGGCAGGCGAUGUCCAGACCACUUCGGAGGCCACCAGAUUGUAGGUCACCCUUGUCUAGGCCGCCAAGAGAUCCGUCUCAAGAAUAAUACGAGUGCACUAUGGGUAGGAUGAUGAUGAAAUAGUUUCUAGGUGUUCAGUUAAUAGAGGUUUAAAACUAAAUGUUAUAAUUUUAAAUGAGAUAGAAUUGAAUGAGUAUAGACAAAAUAUUUAAUAGAGUAAAAGUCGAAUCGACAUCGAUCAAUUUUAA